AUCAAAUCCCAAUAUAAUCAUCAAUAGCUUAAAAAAAAAUGAAGGGCUAUAUUGUAUCAGCACUUGUAGCUUUAGCCUUGGUACAGCUGAUGAUUGAGCCAGGGCAGGCAAUCAAGUGCCCAGAAGUGGAUGGAUAUUUGACCAAGUGCGUUUCCUAUCUUAAUGCAGGAGGCGAGCCAGAAGCAGCAUGUUGCAAUGGUGUCAAAAGCUUGGUCGCGGCUCUGAAAACACCCACAGACAAAAGGGACGCAUGCAAUUGUGUUAAAGAAGCCGCAAGUCACUUCCCCAAUCUCAAGGAUGAUGCUGCCCUGGCCCUUCCUAGCAAGUGUGGUGUUACCAUGGAUAUCCCCAUCUCCAAGAACAUCAAUUGCGACAACCUCAAGUAAGAUUGAUGGAGGUCGCACUGAAGCAAGAAUAAAGAAGGAUGCCACAUCGUGGAAGGGACACUUGGUUCUAGUUCUGGGGCAGCCCUAUGUAGCACAAUAAGUUUUUGUUGUUUGUACCCUUUGAAUAAGCUUUAUCGAGCUUGUUAUAAUGAAACAUGAGCAU